GUAUGACGCCCUAUGGAUGUUGGAACGAAAGGCGCGCAGCAUUGGUCAGGAAAGCCAGGAUUCCCUUCCAUUCUCAAGCAAGACGUACUCGAAAGCACACGAUACUUUAGGACGUGGUGGCGAUUAUCCAGUUCAUAUGUACAGCGGAGACUCCUACAUACCAAUGAUACAGGCCUAUGUUUGUACCGAUUGCGGCAAGAAAUAUAAAUGGUUAGACAGUCUGAAAAGGCAUCAAAGGGUGGACUGCGGCAACAAGGAGAAAAAAUUCUGCUGUCAUGUGUGCGACCGAAAGUUCAAAUAUCGAUACGAACUACGGAAUCAUAUUACCGCGCAUCAUUCCGGAUGA